AGGACUACGACAUGACCACACAGGACUAUGGAGAUUACAACGCCACCUUCGACUACAGCUUCUACAGCAACAGCAGCACCGAGGACCUGGACAAGUUCCUGAGUGAAAGUGAGGAAGAGGAGGACGAGGAACCGGAAGUGGUGGAUGAAGAGUUAGAGGUCACAACCAUAACAACUGUAGCCGGGUCUAUGGCCCCCAGGACCUGCUCAGCCUCUGCUAGUCUGCUGUUCUCAGUGGCACUGACCCUUCACCUUCUGCCCAGACUAUGAGAGACUGGUGGUGCUUUAAGACACACUCACUCACCGAGGU